GUCUCUGUCUGUAGCUGUUGGAGUACCUGGGAAGGGUGAUCUAUGAAGCCCUGGACUGGGGAAUCAACAGCCAAAUGGAGCGAGAGCUGAGUGAUCCUUUGGAGAAACUGCUGUGGCUCAUGUUGAAGCUGGAUGACAAGGCAACAAAACCACCAGUCGCCCUGCAGGAUGUUAUCAAGGCCUGUGAGGAGCACUUGUCCAAGCCUUCUGAGGCUACCAGCCAUUAUGAAAUGACUUGUAGGAAUCUGUUUAUUGAAUAUAUGGAACUACAGGAGCUUGUGACCUUCAUCCAGACCUCCAAAGAGAGACUGAGAAAAAUGGAUAUGGAAGACUGGAUGAAAAAUCCCAUGAAAAAGAAGAAAGCCCAAGAUGCAUCUCCAGAGCCCAGUGUCAUCUGUGAGCUGCAGGCUGGUGUGAGGCUGUGCAAGGUUGCUGAGCGACCACGGCGUUGUGCAUCUCCAAAGGAACGGAUUCACUCUCCCUAUGAGCUGCUUUUGGAUGACAUUCAGCACAAGAGGUACACCCUGAGGAAGGUGACCAUCAAACAAAAGCACGAGGCCCCCAAAGUUGAGGUAGCUGCUCUCAAGUCUCAUCUAAAGCCGAUGCUGAAGGUGCAGCUGAAACAGUGUGUGCCACAGGAGCCCUGGUGUCAUGAACAGCUCAUGGAGGAAAUAAAACAGCCACUGAAGGUUUGGGCAGCAGCAACAGCACAGGAAAAGAGGGGCAGGUUCAAAGAAACGCUUGUGGCAUCAAAUACUGCCUUGAACUCUCCAAGCGACAAUUUCUUACAUCUACAAGAUGCCAGUACUGAGUUUAAAACUGCCAACACUAAAACACAGCAGCUGGGAGCAGGAGCUGAGAUUAUGAAUGUCCUGUCUUCUGGUCGACAGGAAACCACUCCCAAGCUGCCUGCCAGCACCUGCCUUUCCUCCGCCAGGCCAUCAGGAGUAUCCUGCAUCAGCACAGGUCUUGCUGCAAAUUGCACUCCUGCCAUGAGUGCAUCCACACCAGGAGACAUGAAGCCUAAGUGUUUCCUGAGCACUGGCCAACAGCAGCUGCCUCCUUACAGAGGAAGGUCCAAAUCUUUAGAGAGAGGCCUUCAAAGCAAGAAACUUGACUGUCCCUUUCCUACCAAGUGCCCAUCACCAACCAUUGCUGAGCUGAUUGCAACCAGAUAUGCAAUGACGGUGCAUGAAGUGCAAGGCCUCUUCCAAGGAGGUAGUGAUGUUGUCUUUCUAAGACCAGAGAUCUGUUUCAGCUGCCAUAAGCAGAUGUUUCUUAAGUGGCCUUACAAAUGUUACCUCUGCAGCAGUUUUGUCUGCUGUGACUGCUGUAUUAAGAUGUCCAUGCCCUUCAGAACAUGUGUACAUCUCCCACUUCAAUUACUAAGAUUUUUGAGACUGUCUGGAGAGGAGGAUCCAGCUACUCAGGAACAGAAGAGCUCCAAGUUGCUACAUGAAAUAAAGCACCAGCAGUAUUUUGGUGUACCUGUUGUUUUGGAGCCCCGUGGCCUAGCACAGCCCCUGUGCUGUUACACAGGGACCAUGGCAAACUGGCUGACUGCAGACAUCUGUACAUGGUGUGAGCAAUACCUGUUGAAUGUGACUUCCAGUCAACAGCACAGCAUCCCUCUCAGGAGAUUUUCCUGGGCUUGAACCAAACUGGAAUGAUUCUGCCAUACAUUUCUCCUGUCACUUCUUACAUACCUGAAAUAAAUGAAACAGCUUUAUGCACCUACUGACAUAAAGGCCUGAAUUAAAGGUCUCUCUGCUGGUUAGUCUAAGCAGGAAGCACAGUUAGCACUUCUAUAUUGUGAAGUAUUCUAAAGCUUUGUGAGUUUUAAAACUGUUGUAAUUCUUUUUGUGACUUGGUGAAAAUAAAUGUUGAAGUAU